CAUUGUCGCCGCCGCCACUAGCAUGUGUGUGUCGCCCGGAACCGCCGGGAGGGGGUUGCCUUCGCGACUCGCGAUACUGACACUUUCGUGUCGACAACAUACCCCUUGAGAGAGAAAAGGCCGUCCCGCUGCGCGAUUAAAUCAUUCAGAAAGAAUCGCAUCGUGCGACGCGCCUCAAUGGCCUUUUCACCGCGAGUUUCAGCGUGCAACGCCAGUCCUAUUUUCCUUCGUCAAGUGUCUCCUACUUUCCCUUCUCCUUCCGCCCACCCGCUCGCUCGUCCACGCACGCACACACGCACGAGUCAUAAAACGUCCCCGAUUCUUAAUCCCCCCCUUCCGCUCUUCUUCUCUCCUCCGCCCGACCGGGAUGGCCUAUUACUAUAAUAGCGUGUGCUAAAUUACCCUCGUUGCCUGAUAACUCCGCCUCAACGCAAGAAAUUAGAUCACGAUGCAUAAGGCUUCUUUAAUUUAUAUAUUGAACUUGAAAGAUUGAACACAGCUACGGAUGACAUUAAUAAGCUAGAAGUUGACUUAGAUGAAGCAAGAGCAACCUUUAGAGAAUUAUUGUGCGAAUCAACAAUCAAGAUUGAUGCUUUGGCUAAGAAACUUGGAGCUUGCAUCGAAAAAUCCAGACCAUACUAUGACGCUAGGUUUAAAGCAAAAGAAGCAUUACAAGAAACGCAGAAGGCUGCAAUUAGAUUUGAGAGAGCCAACAGUCAACACGCGGCGGCUAAAGAAAUGGUUUACCUAGCCGAGGAAGGACUACGGACAGAGGGAAGAUGUUUUGAUCACGCUUGGCAGGAAAUGUUGAAUCAUGCUACGUCGCGAGUUAAUGAGUCGGAGCACGAGAGAGCUCUCUCUGAAGCGGAGCACAGACACACGACGGCGUUGUAUCACAAAGCGGAACACGAAGUUCAGAGGUUGCAGCGCGAAUUGAAGCGCACUAUUGCCAAAUCAAGUAUGGGUGCACGCCGCAGCUUGCUUCUGAUAAACAGUAUCGCCUACAGGCACAACUUGCUCAUGUUGCCUUACUAUGAGAUGAAGGCGCAUUUUAAUCAAAUGUUGGAGGAACAGAAGAUGAAGGUCAGCGUACUGGAGAGAUCAGUUGGUGAAGCAAAAGCCUCGUACGCGGAGGCGUUACGAAAUCUAGAAAAGAUCAGCGACGAGAUUCACAGGACAAGAAGAUACGACGGUAUGGACGAAUACGACAAGAGCGCACGAGACGUGACCGAUCAUUCCACCGCGCAAAUCAACACGGCGACUCCGACGGAUUCCAGCGUCACUGGAUCCCCGGACAGCACGGAUUAUACUAGCGACGAAUACUUGCGCCUUCCCGACAAGAUAAGUCCGAGCGUGCCAUGUCCUAUGCCUACAAGAAUUGAGAGGGAUUCAUCGUCGGAGUACCUAGGCCUAAAUAAUCUAAGCCUUUCGUCCACUGAACCUCGUAAAUAUAUAAAACGGGACCGUCCACGGAGCAUUGCAGCAACCGACUCGAAACAUAUCGUACCUUUAAAUCACACGAGUUCUUCUGCAUCAGGCCUGACAGAUUUGUCAGGCAUUAUAUCACCGGUCGAGAAAAGAGUGAAGAUAAAGACGCCCAUAAGCAGCCGCAAGAAUAAUUCGACGAAUUCUCAAAAUGGGGAGGAGUGGACGGAAAUUAGUCUAAACAAUUCACCGGACGAAAUUUAUUAUAACAAUGACGUAUAUUCCGAUGAGGAAGAUCAAAUCCCUUACAAACCGUUACCGAUGGAUCUGAGCCCGGAACUCGCUCAAGCAAUUAGUGCCCCCGUCGAAUCGCCGAAAGAACAAACCAAUCGAAAAAGAUUAGUAACGCAAAAAUCAUUACCUACAAUGUCGAAAGUGCACGAGGUUACUUUGACCGAAGAGAAGAAGGCCGAGGUUACGAGAAGUCCAUCAGUAAAAAACAGAAGCAAGCUCGAUAGUAGCAUAGCCAAUUGGAUAACCAGAAGUUCAGCCGGUGGUGAAGCUAGCGGUGGUAGUUCAACGAAUUCAAGUAGAAGACAAUCUCUCGAUAUGUUGUGGAGCGGCGGUACUGGAGAACGUGUUAAGGAAUUACUCAACCAUGGCAUGAUGAUGCUAAACAUAUCUAGCUUAACGGAACGACGUUCUAGUGAACCAAAGACAGCGGAGAGAGACAAGGACAAGUCUGAAAAGUCUGAAAAGUCGGAAAUUAAAGGAAAAAAGGUCCCAAGUCCGUUAGAGAAAACAAUGAGCUAUCUCAAUGCUGAUGAGGAGACGUCGGACAGCGAAAGUUUAGCGAGCGUGGAGAUGCUAACGGAGGAUCAGAUCUCUUCACUCAUGAUGGAACCAGAUAUGAACCAAGUAUGCCAAGAGAUUCUGGGAACUCCCUUAGUCGAAGUAUGUCCACUGUUGCAACAGCUGCAGCAAUAGCCUUAUCGCAGGGGAAUUUUCACGACAAGACGGCAAAGAUUUGACAACAGAAAGUGUUCAAGAUCGUUAUAAUAUAGUAAUAUAAUUAAGGUACAUUUUUUUCCAUUAAGCUAACAUUACCACAUUAUGUUUCUGUCUAUUACGAGUCGUAAUUCAUAGAUUUUUCUAAUAUGUGAUAUAGGGCAACAAAGCUUGUAUUUCUGAACGAUUGUUAGAUUGGUUGCGCAAAGAUAUUCAUGGGUAUUUUACUCGGUAUAUUAGAAAGUAAUAUUUAUGUGCUUAUUAGGGGUAUAAUAUCAGUUGAUGCUUUCAGUCAAUUCAGAAAUUGCGUUAAAUGUAUCUCUCGUUAUGCAUCCUCGAACACUACGAAGCCUAACGUCAUCUUUUGUGGAUACGCUUACACACAAUAUCUCAGCGUGGAGGAAUCACGUCGUUUUCGAACUCUUAUUCUAUAAAAUCUUUCUAACAUUUAGAAUUUGGUAAAAAAUUAUAAAAACAUUCGCUAAGAAAGCAAUAUGUAGUUACUUUUCUAGGGGACAUUGUGGUAGUUUAGUCUAGUACUUGUACACACAAAUUUAUUCCGAGUCGCAUCGACUAUUUUUUGCUUGCCUUUACAUGCGACUGCUGUCACAUUAAAGUCUCUCAGAGCGUUUGACAAAUAUAUUAGAAUAAUUGUGCUACUAAAGCGAAAUAUCAAACAAUCUAGACAAAUUAGAUGAAUGAAACAAGGCUGCGUUUGUAGCAUUAUAUUCGAAGAUUACGAUAACCACUUCGUUAUCUCUCUCUCCUCUCUAUUUCUCUCUUUUCUCUGUCUCUUUUUCUGUCUAUUUCUCCUUUUUGUGAAAAUAUGGUCGAUCGAUCGACCCAUUAAGUUACUCGCGAAGCGUACAACCGAAAAAAACUUUUAGAAAGUUACAAGAUGCCAAUUAUGACUGCGAUGAUCAGAGUAUCUCUAAAACGCGGAACGAAACUGUAUAUAUAUAAGCGUAGCGUAAUAAUGCAAUUCUAAAGUGUACAAGUCUGUGUGCGAAACGUACUGUCAACAUCGCAAGAUCUCAGAAAGUACUAGUUUUGAGUUACUUUAUUACUUCGUUAAUUCGUUACGUGAGAAUCGUAACGUUCGAUCGGGGACAGCACGUUUUGGGCACAGAUCGACGACUCACGCGUCGCUUCGACAGUCAUGCUGUUCCAUACAAGAAGCUUCGUGAUAUAAAUAAGAAGAUAAUAUUCACCACAAUUAAGUUUAGCAGGAUAUUUUUCAAUAUUUUUGCGCGACGCGACAGAGACGAACGCGUGCCUGUCGAGUGAGUAUCUUACGGCUGUUCCUUGAGAUAAAUGAGGAAGACGAUUACGUAUAUUAUAAAAAUUAUGAAAUUGAGCGAAACAGUCUGGAUAGCUGAAUGAUACUCGAUCGUGAUAAUAAUCGAGGGCGCGUGUUCGAACAGAUUUAGGCACUCGAGACGAGUGAGAUUUAAAUGUAGUUCCAUCAUUUUUAUUGUGAUAUAGCUCUUAGCAAUUUUUUAAACGGUUCAGUUUUGGAUUAUCCAAUCGUCGAACGAAGACAUUAGUGCAAAGGAUGCAUGCAAUAUGCUAUUUAUAGAGAGUAAUAUAUACAUAUACAUACAAUAUAAAUUAUUAAUAUAUAUUAUAAAUUAUUUAUAUAUAAAUUAAGUUAUAUACAUAUACACAGAUCCUAUUUAUUUUGAGCGUGAUUUUGCGGUAUUAAUCGACGCUUUUCAUACAGUGUUCGUCAAUUUUUAUAUGGACGACGGUAAAUGUCGCAUGCGUGUGUGCAACACAGUUUAAUUAAUAAACAAACGUCCCAGUUUUCAAAUAUCGCACUCUGAAAACGUGUUUACGCAGUCACACGCAGACGUCAUUUUCGUUACUUUUCUGUAGCAUAAUCUACUCAAAGGUCCGUGAUUCUUUGAGCUACAGAACAGAGUAUAGGCGAGUUUUUAAUUUAUCGAUCGCAUGGUCAAUCGCAUUUGUGCAAAUGCAGCGAAAGAAAUGUGCGAAUUGAAAACUCCCUUUGCUUACACGUACAAAACGUGACGAAUCACGCAAUCCGCUCGUUUGAUUAUUCGCUCGAAAAUAUGCCAUAAAAAAAUGAAGGCGCGCCAUAUUGUCCCGUUUGUCUCCGUCAUCCGAUCGUAACGAAUUAUUUUCGUGAAAUGAACCUUUUGCUCGUAUUCUUGGAUCUCGUAACACGUGCAGUUUCCUGCGAUAUAGACACUGCAGAAAUUUUGUGGGCGGCGCGAUUGUCGAGGGUGGAAAUCAUCCAUCGAAAUUCCAUAUAAUCAACGGCGUCGGCGUGCACGCGACAGGUAUAUUUUUCGCCUCCCGUGUUUUUCGUUUCCGGCGCAUUACAGCCCACGGCGAUAACAAAAUUGUAUAUAACUAAUACUGUAUAUGUGAAUGUAACUAUGUAUAUACGAUAUAUAUAUAUAUAUAUAUAAUUAUCCUCC